AUGGCCAGAACCAAAACUAGGAAGCGUUCCGGAAAUAAGCAAGCUAAGAAUGCAUCUGUGGUAAAUAAUAAGGCUGAAAUCGCCGCCAUGAUUGAUGCAAGAAGACUCGAGCAAAACAAGAAGGAUGGGGCGGCUUCUAACAAAGGAACAGUGAGUAAGCUAGUGAAUGACAAGUUAGAAAAAGAGUUUAAGGAUGUAUUACAGCGCUUCCAGGUUAAAGAGAAUAGCGUCAGGCCGAAAGAAACUGCAGAACAUAAAGAAAAUAAUCAUGUCAUUACUGCUGAGGAAAAACCUGUUAUAAAAAUAAAGCAUACAAUAGAAGAAAACGAAUUGGAGGGUGCACCUUUAGACGAUAUCGAGGAGCAUUUGUCGGCGAGAAAACGUAGGAAAACUGAGAAACCUUCACUCUCACAGUUGAAAAGCCAGGUACCGUAUCCUCAAAUUAUAGAAUGGUACGAUUGCGAUGCGAAAUAUCCAAGCUUGCUAGCCUAUAUCAAGUGCACAAGAAAUGUCAUUCCUGUUCCCAACCACUGGCAAUCAAAGAAGGAAUAUCUUUCUGGUCGCUCUUUGUUGGGUAAAAGACCUUUUGAGCUUCCUGACAUUAUCAAGAAGACGAACAUAGAACAAAUGAGAUCAACUCUUCCGCAAAAUAGGCUGGAUGCUCAGGACGAAAAAUCACUAAAGGAGGCCUCAAGAGCAAGAGUUCAGCCAAAAAUGGGCACUUUGGAUUUGGAUUACAAGAAGUUACACGAUGUGUUUUUCAAGAUAGGAGCCAACUGGAAACCUGACCAUUUGUUAUGCUUCGGUGACGUCUAUUAUGAGAAUAGGAAUCUUUUCGAAGAAGCGAACUGGAAAAGGAUGGUUGAUCAUAAGAGGCCCGGGAUAAUUAGCCAAGAACUUCGUACCAUCAUGAAUUUGCCGGAAGGGCAGCUACCACCCUGGUGUAUGAAGAUGAAAGACAUUGGAUUGCCUACAGGAUAUCCUGAUCUGAAAAUUGCUGGUUUAAAUUGGGACAUAACGAAUUUGAAAGGCGACGUUUAUGGGAAAAUAAUCCCAAAUCGCCAUUUAAGGUCCAAAAAGCAGGCCAAGAACUAUUUUGGCGCACUAAUUUCAUUUGAAACCCCUGAAUUUGAAAGUCCAAAGGAGGAUAUACAGGCAAAUACGGAAAAUGGGAGCCACGACGACGAAAUCGAUGGCGUGGUGGAGCAUAAAUUAGAUCACUUUCAGGAAGACACAUCUCAAGUGGCAGACAUAGAAGAAAAGAUUGAGAAGAAUGAAGUAGAAGAAUCAGAGAAGCAACUAUAUACUAUAUUGAAAUAG